AUGUCGAGACUCCCUCCUCGCAGCUCGUCGACCGACAAAAUGGCACCGAGUCAGAUUGCGCUGCCCGAGUCCGACGAGGAUUCUCCCGGCGCUUCGUUUCUCACUCCCUGGAGGCCCCCGCGGACCGCGCUCUCAAGAGGAAACAGUUCGCCAUUUGUGCCUAAUCGCAGAACAGCGUGGCGGGACGAGCUCAUUAAUAAUGCCGAGAAGAUACAACGACGCUUUCUUGCAGUCUGGGGCCAGAUGACACUUUUACAGCGGAUUCUGGCCGUCGUUGGAUUUGUGGUAUUCCAUGUUCUGAUGAUCCUGUUCCUAGUCUUCAACGAGCGCAUCUUCGGUUGGCUGGAGCCGUUUGCAGAGCGAUGGAAACAUACCACCGGUGGAUGGACUAUCUUAUGGACUUUGACCUUUUUGACGGCGUUCCCACCGAUCAUUGGCUACUCGACAUGCGGGACUACUGCUGGCUUCGUGUAUGGGGUUUGGGAGGGCUGGUUGAUUCUGGCCACGGCGACGGUGGCCGGUUCGUUCUGUUCGUUUGUCGUUUCAAGAACGGUUCUGCGGAAAUGGGUCGAGCGCAUGAUCGCUCAUGACAAGCGCUUCGCUGCAUUUACGCUGAUUCUGAAACACGACGGCUUGAAGCUACUAUGCAUGAUCCGGCUCUGCCCUCUCCCGUACUCCCUGUCGAAUGGAGCGAUGUCGACGUUUCCCACAGUCCAUCCUGGCAUGUAUGCGCUGGCUACAGCGAUGGUGACGCCGAAAUUACUCAUCCAUUGUUUCAUCGGCAGUCGGCUGGCGGUGAUUGCCCGAACGAGGGAGAAAAUGACCCUGGCCGACCGGGCAGUUAAUUACAGCAGCAUUGCGAUUGGCGCCAUCGUGGGAUUCGGCGUCGGCUUGUACAUUUAUCGGCAGACCAUGGCGCGAGCCAAGGAACUCGAGGCGGAAGAAGCAGCCAGGAUACGUGACUCUACUAGAAGGACUGGCCAUCUCCCGGCCGAGUUCAGUGACGACCCCGAAGCACAAGCUGCCGCAACUACUGUGGCCGAGGAUGAUGACGCUAUGGACUACUUUGACGAGGCGCCGCCCGCGCAAGCAGAGUACCAUGACGAGCCGACUGAUGACGAGGAUGUCUUUGGUCGAGGCGACGGCGUGGUCGGCGAGGACGAGGUGAUAGACAACAUUGGCCUUCAUCCACAGAAACGAUAG